AUGGCUAAUGCAAUAAUUGAAUUCUAUCAAAGACAGUUCUCAAAGGAGGGAGAUCCCACUGAUUUUUCUAUGUUGGACAAUGUCCCAGCUAUGGUGACCAUGGAGCAGAAUUUGGAGCUAUGUAGAUUCCCAACAUUAGAAGAGGAAGUGAUAUGCUAUGAUAUUCACAAUAUAGUGCUUCAUUUAUUUGGAGGUGCAUCAUUGCCAAAGUCCAUUACUCACACUAAUUUGGUGCUGCUGCCAAAGAAGCCAAGGGUCCAGAUAUUCUCGGUCUUAAGACCAAUAAGGCUGAGUAAUUUCAUCAACAAAGUAAUUUCAAGAGUUAUUUAUGACAGAUUGGAGAAAUUCCUGCCUAACUAUAUAUCUCCUAACCAGUCUGGUUUUGUGAAAGGAAGGAGUAUCUUUGAAAACAUCCUCCUCACACAGGAAAUUGUCACUGACAUCAGGAUGAGAGACAAGCCUGCUAAUAUGGUGAUAAAGCUUGAUAUGACAAAGGCAUAUGAUAGAGUGUUAUGGAAAUAUUUGAUGUGUGUGACAAGAAGAAUAGGGUUUGCUGAACACUUUAUCACUAUGGUUUGGAACCCACUCUCUAAUAAUUGGUAUUCAGUGUUGGUGAAUGGACAAGCAUCAGGUUUCUUCAAGUCUACAAGAGGGUGA